UGCCCGUCUUCUGCCACCGACACCUCCGCCGUCCUCCGGCCUGAUCACAACAAUGGGUUUCUGGGACACGAUAACCGACCUCGUCGAGGCCGCCGCGCCCUGGGCCACCGCCGACGCCGACGCGCCCGCGAAGGAGCUGCCCGAGGAGACGACCGCCGAAUCCGCCAAGGAGGAGGCCAGCACCGAGGCCAACUCCGCUGCUUCCGCCGAGGAGCCGGCCGCCGAGGAAGAGCCUGCCGCCGAAGAGGAGGAAGAAGAGGAGGAGGACGAGGAGGAAGAGGAGAUCGUGGAUCCGAAGGAGAAGCUGGAGGAAGAGUGCCGGAAUUCUAAGCAGUGCGCCCCUGCCAAGCACCACUUUGACGAGUGCGUCGAGCGCGUUACGAACGCCCAGGCCGAGGGCGGUACCAAGGAGGACUGCGUCGAGGAGUUCUUCCACCUCGCCCACUGCGCCACCCAGUGCGCCGCCCCCAAGCUCUGGUCCAUUCUCAAAUAAGCCACCCACCGCUUUACGACAGGGCCGUCUCCCAGUCAACGACUGCAGCCAGUGUCUCUUCAGGAUACGGUUGAAAUGCUUUCUCCUUGCACGCAUGGCUUCUAUAGAAGGGGGUCGUUCCUAUAGACGAGGGGAGGGGAGCUGGCUUGUUCACUGGGAGCAUGAAGCCCACAAUACGUCGUGAGCCGGACAGGGACAGGACGGAGGGGAGCAGCAGCCCUGUAUAAACUGAGCGGUCCGGGGUCGCUUUGGGUUCGGAACCGGACCUGUUGUAUCAUCACCCUCCCAUCGUCGUCAUCUCGUGUACACCCAGCGUAUGAAUGAAGAGUUCCUUUGACACCCACCUCCGAUCGACCACGUUCCCGGCCCUCUCCCU